GGACUAUUUACCGAUGUUCACGAGAGAAAGAGAUUCGUUUAGUAAACCGCCAGACGAUUGAUUCAACGACCUUGCUACGUCCUUCUCUUGACACUUGGACACUGGCGUUGGUACUGAAGAGAAAAAUUUCUUCGCUGAACGACGUCUGAAUCGGAAGCGCGUCCGUAUUCUGGAGGAUCUGCUAGAUCUGUGAUUCAGUUGGUACGGAUUCCGGAGCCAGAAUCGUCCCGGGAACAGGUCGGCGGACAGAUUUUCGUAAGUGGUGUCGCGCUUGAUAACGCAGAUCUAGCGGUACUUCGCUAGUAGAGCUAGGGAUUGAAGAGUGUUGUAAUUGGUAGCGAUAAAGGUACUACACCUACAUGUGCGGGGACAAGUGUUUAUCGUUUCGCGUGAAGUUCUGUAGUCGACCUAAUUACGACUGAUUCUGGUUACGGAUAUUACGAAUGUGUGUGAGCUAACUUGGAAGGAUUCGAAAAAUCCUUACGAAUAAGUGCCGGAAUUUUCCAUUGAUAUCACCCUCAAAAGUGUGAUAGGCAGUGUAAGAAUCCUCAAUUUUUCUCUCAAUCUCACACAGAUUCGCCGCGUAAGAUUUAAUAACAAUCUAGUAACGAAGUGAGAGUAUUAUAGACGAGAUCCGAAAAGGAGUGUAAGGAUGCUCCAUACUCAAAAAGUGAACAAACGCAAAAACUGAAAAAGCAUGUGAAUAUUGAAACGACGAAAUUAAAAAAAUUGAAACCCAAAAUCGAAAUCUCCAUUUAACGAAAUUCAAACCAAACGAGCAAAAAGUGAGAUAUUUUAUUAAAAAUAGAAUCAAUCAGCCCCGAGCAAGAAUUGGAAAUUGAAUCAACCGAAUUCGACAACAGUGGAACCUCAAGUGGAGGCAGUAAAUUCAAAAUUGUGCUUUGCUAUCUGGGACGCUGAGAACGCAAGUGAUUUUGUGGCCGCUUCUAGGAGGAGCUCACCUAGCGGGCAGAUUAUCACCCAUAGUCGCAGUUUAAUCUAACUCAAACUUUCGUUAUUUGCCAUUGUUGAUAUCUCGACGGAAUGUGUUGUUGUUCGACGCCAUCUGUUCCAUUGUGACGACGAUGAUCCAAACGACUGCAUCGCUGGUGACAUGACCCCGUAAUACCAUGAAUUAAAAAAAGUGCAAUGUUCUAAUCUCGAAGAGGACCCAAUCGACGACGUUGAUCCAGAUUUCGAACCUGCUCGCCGGAAGUCCGCAGACCUAGAGCGACCUCUGCUGCUUCAGCCUUCAUCGUUGAGUGCCGCUGGCCAUCUGUUUGGUACCUGGGUGCACAGCACUGUCGUCACAUUGACUGCAAUUCUUAUCGGAUUAUUUAUUGAGCUACGAUUCCAUGACGCCUGGCCCCUGUCCGUCUGGUGAAACUGUCUAGCUUCCAUGAGUACGCCAGGCGAUCCGUCGGCAGCCGGUGGAGGACCUUACAGACCGUGUGGAAUCACAUCACUGCUACCAAUUGGCAUGUCGUGCCGCGGCCGGGCCGAAGCCUUUGCCCGUAGUCUACAGACACGUCUCCGAACACUCGGCGCACAGGGUAAUGCCGAGGAGGGCGCUCAGAUCACCGACCAUCCCCACGAUAAUGAGAACACAUGGCUAUCACAGGACGAAGCGACGGCUGUAACUCGGUUGCAGCCCCUGCCUAUGGUGGCCAACGAAGCUGAUGGUUUCUACGAUUUCGGCCUUGAAAACGAAAGUCCCGGUUCACCGAUUGAAGAGUGUGAAUAUACAAGGCUUAUCGAGACGGCGACUGCUACACCGGCCGAAAUUGCGCCUGAAUCAGGUUACGUGUGCGCUUCGCCCUGCUCUACACCUCAGGUUAGCCCGGAGCACACUCCAUCGAGCCAGAGUUCGUCCGACUGCCAAUUCUACGAUCCGGAGACCUCGGAUCUCGAGCAGAAAUCAACCAGCGGCUGUGAUUAUUACGACUGUACUACCUCUGAUCCAACUUCGGCGGCGUCCAAUAGAACGCCUGCAGCUGCAGUAGAACACCCACAAAUAUCUACCUCAAACGCAGAAGGAACGGCAACAGUUACUGCAACAGCAACAAGACAAACUAGGCGCAAGUCCCAGAAUGGUCACUUGCCGAGUGGCCUAGGUGUGGUAAACGUCGAUAGUGAUAGUUGUUCAGAAUCGCUACCUCCUUCGCAAUCCACCGAAUCGCAUUCACACGAUUCGACUUACACAGGACUGAGUUCGAACAACUCGAACAGUACUCUGCAGGACGUCACAAUGGAGGCCGAAGACGCGGAUGAGGCCAAACAGGAGGUGCCUCAAAGCAGAAGUGAGCAAAAGGAUGACCAUUCGCAAGAUGAAACAGAUCACGGAAAAGUAUUAGCGAAUGGUCAUGCCAUUAUGCCAAAGGGGACGUUGGUCCGUCAAGACGAUAUUAGUGAAAUUGAUGUCGAUGUGCUACAGUUCGUCAACGGAGAUGCGGAGGAUGAACCGGAAGAUGAGACACACAGUCCCAAGGUCGAAAUGGCCGAAGUGGAGAAAUUGCUACAAGACUGUAGUGUUGAGCAGAAAUCUGCAGAGGAGAAACAAGAUCACAAGCGAGAGGGCAUGUCGUCCGGCGAUGAGGAUGAAGACUUCGUCAGACCGCAGCGAAUGCGAAGAUGUUCAUCACUGAAAACGGGCAAGACACCACCAGGUACUCCUGGCCGGAAAAAGUUUGUUCGAUUUGCAGACGUACUCGGACUUGAUCUGGCUGAUGUAAAAACAUUUGUUGAUGAAGUUCCUAAAGUGCCGAAAUCGGCCUACGAGGAUCUGGACUUUUGCCUAGAGCCUCCUGUAGUUCAACAGAUCAGUUUGGGACCGAAAGCCGAUCGAGUAUUGGUGCCGCUCUUCCAGCAACCGGGUGCCCUACCUUGCUUCCUAGACAAGGUUCGCGAGAAACAAGUUAACCUGGAAAAUGCGGCCGUGACUGAUCCAGUUACUCUCACCAUCACCGGAACCGUUCGUGUCCGAAACCUAGAUUUCCACAAGUCAGUCUAUGUGCGGUACAGCACAGAUAGCUGGCGCAGCUUCUCGGACCUCCAGGCCAGUUACGUGGAAAACUCCUGCGACGGUUUCUCCGAUAAGUUUGCCUUCACCAUCUACGGAAACUCGGUUCAGAUAGGGCAGCGUAUUGAAAUGGCGAUACGCUUCCAUUGUCGGGGCCAACAGUACUGGGACAAUAACUACGACAUGAAUUACGUUUUCCAAUGCUUGCCAAUCACCCAACCGAAUCAGAUCGCGCAGAUUGCGGUCAAACCGGCCAAUAUAGACGCCCAUAUCAGUCCAGACGAAACUUGGUGCAAAAGCUUCUACUGAAUGGGUCCCUCCAUAAUCCGCUGCCCCCAAAAACACCAAAACCCUCCGACUACAACUGAAACUUAUACAAUAACAAGAACAGCAGCAAGCAGUAGGAAAACGAUACAAUAUUGCAUGAUUGUGAUCGCAAAAACCGGUCCGAUUACAUGUGGAAUUAACUAAAAAGCUUCACAAUUCAUUUCAAUCGGACGCAAAAAUUUUAACAUGUGUAGUAUUAUCAUUGGUUUUUAAACAAAUCCCAUCAGGGGUUUUUAACUCUUUUUAUCCAAAGCGCCUUCAUGAUAAAGAUCCCGCGUUGAAAAAUAGUGGACAUAAAAGUCCAUUGCAAUUAGAGCUUCACUGAAAAAGUAUGGUUAUUGUAUGUAACCAAGAACUUAAAAAGUUCCCAACUAUCUUGAGAUUAGAACAUCAUUUUUUAAUUUAGAUAUCAAAUUUUAAAAAGUAAACUAGAUCUGACGGCACGUGUAGUUUGCCGCGAGGACAACAGUUCCCAAUUGAAAUUAUGCGAACUGCAAAUUGUGUAAUUAGCAAUGAUCGUUUAUUCAAAGAGUUGAUAAUCAUGACCUAUUAGCUUAGAUUUGUAAACCAAUUGUUAAGCUAAUCAAAAAAACACACUAAUACUUCAGAUUAGAGUUGUAUGCGUGUUGAAAACCAGUCUAUAUUCAUUAACAAAAGCAGAAACUAGCAUACGUUGAAAGGCAUAACGAAUUGAAGAUGAACUAUGGACAUUGUUGUGUUUCUAGAAAUAUUUAUAUCAAAACCAUCAAGAAACGUUAUUGCAUGCUCUCGAAAGACUAGUGCGUGAAAUUGUUUGUUUAUUUUAUGAUUUUUAUGCGACGGCAACUAGACAGACAACAAUUAUGUAUAGAACGAACGAGAAUAGCAGACAAAUGAUUGAGAAACUAGCUACAAGGAAACAGAUAGCAAACUAUAUCAAAAGCAAUUUUAACGCACCCACUUACAUGGAAAUAGCAAAAACUAAAAGCAAACAA